CCGCGCUAGGAGCGGCGCGUAGCGGUGCUCCGGCGGGCAGGAUGGCCCACAUGCUGCAUGCGGCGGCCCGGCGGGUGCAGUGGAGCAGGGCGGGCGCCGCGAAGAGGGCUGCGUGCCUGCUGGCCGCGGCGUACGGGCUCAAAAUCCUCUACCCCAUCAUCCGCGGGCGUGUGAAGCGGGCGGGCGGCAGAGGCGGCGCUCAGGAUGAGAGGGGCCGGGCGGUCCCGCACCGCACCGGCAGCCGCGGCAGAGCCUCCCCGGCCGUGGACGCGGAAUUCUUCAAGCAGCUGCUGGAACUCCGCAAACUGUUCUUCCCGAAGCUGGUGAGUGCCGAGCUGGGCUUGCUCUGUCUCCACUCGUUUGCUCUGGUGUCUAGGACCUUCCUCUCCAUCUAUGUUGCCGCCCUCGAUGGAAAAAUUGUGAAGAGCAUUGUGGAGAAAAAGCCCAGAAGCUUUGUCUUCAAGUUAAUCAAGUGGCUGAUGAUUGCAAUCCCAGCCACUUUCGUGAACAGCACCAUACGGUACCUGGAGUGCAAGCUGGCCCUCGCCUUCCGCACGCGCCUGGUGGAUCACGCCUAUGAGACCUACUUUGCCAACCAAACUUACUACAAAGUGAUCAGCAUGGACGGGCGGCUCGCCAACCCUGACCAGUCCCUCACCGAGGACAUCAUGAUGUUCUCGCAGUCCGUGGCGCACCUCUACUCCAACCUCACCAAGCCCAUCCUGGAUGUUGUGCUCACCUCCUACACCCUUAUCCGCACAGCACGGUCCCGCGGGGCCAACCCCAUCGGGCCCACAGUCCUGGCUGGCCUCGUCGUCUAUGCCACGGCCCGAGUGCUCAAAGCCUGCUCGCCCAAGUUUGGCAAACUAGUGGCUGAGGAGGCUCACAAGAAGGGCUAUCUGCGCUUCAUACAUUCACGUAUCAUUGCCAACGUGGAAGAGAUUGCCUUUUACCGAGGGCACAAGGUAGAAUUGAAACAACUGCAAAAAAGCUACAAGGAUUUGACAGAUCAAAUGAAUCUCAUUUUGUCCAAACGUUUAUGGUACAUCAUGAUAGAGCAGUUCCUGAUGAAGUAUGUCUGGAGUAGCUGUGGUAUGAUCAUGGUUGCUGUGCCCAUCAUCACUGCAACAGGAUUUGCAGAUGGCGAGUUGGAAGAUGGCCAGAAACAGGCAAUGGUUAGUGAAAGAACAGAAGCUUUUACUACAUCACGAAACUUGCUGAUCUCUGGAGCAGAUGCUAUUGAAAGAAUUAUGUCUUCAUACAAAGAGGUCACUGAGCUAGCAGGCUACACCGCCCGUGUCUACAACAUGUUUUCAGUCUUUGAUGAGGUGAAGAGAGGCAUCUACAAAAGAACUGCUGUUAUUCAAGCAUCUUUAAACAACAGCAGGAGUGAAGAUAAAGCAGAGUCACACAUUGAUGGGCCUUUAGAAAUCAAAGGGAAAGUAAUUGAUGUUGAUCAAGGAAUUAUUUGUGAAAAUGUUCCUAUAAUUACUCCGAAUGGCGAUGUGGUGGUUUCCAGACUAAACUUCAAAGUUGAGGAGGGGAUGAAUCUUCUAAUCACUGGACCCAAUGGCUGUGGAAAGAGUUCACUCUUCAGAAUUUUAAGUGGUCUGUGGCCUGUGUAUGAAGGAGUCCUCUACAAGCCCCCUCCACAACACAUGUUUUAUAUACCACAAAGGCCCUACAUGUCCAUUGGAACACUACGAGAUCAAGUCAUCUAUCCAGACUCAGUGGAAGACAUGCAUGAGAAGGGCUACCAAGAUCAAGAUCUAGAGUCUAUUCUGCAUAUGGUUCAUCUGUACCACAUAGUUCAAAGAGAAGGAGGCUGGGAUGCCAUCAUGGAUUGGAAAGAUGUCUUAUCAGGAGGAGAAAAACAAAGGAUGGGCAUGGCCCGGAUGUUUUACCACAAGCCGAAAUAUGCAUUGCUGGAUGAAUGUACGAGUGCUGUAAGCAUUGAUGUUGAAGGAAAGAUAUUCCAAGCUGCAAAAGCUGCUGGGAUAUCCCUGCUUUCCAUAACACACAGACCUUCUCUUUGGAAGUACCACACUCACUUGCUGCAGUUUGACGGACAAGGUGGCUGGCGUUUCGAGCAGUUGGACACCGCUAUCCGUUUAUCAUUGAGUGAGGAAAAACAGAGACUGGAAUCCCAGCUUGCAGGAAUUCCUAAAAUGCAGCAGAGACUGAAUGAACUGUGUAAAAUCCUGGGAGAAGAUUCAGUGCUUAAAACAAUGGACAAAGAGGAAUAAAUAAUUUAUGGUUUAUGUUUUUAAAAGUAUUUUUUUAGUUAAAAGCGUUACAAAUUCAGCCAUUAUCCUUUGCAUGCAUUGUGACAGAGGCUUAGAGCAUAACACAGCCAGCAGAAAAUAAUGCUCUGAAUGCUAUGUAAGACUUUAGUGUUUUAGUAUUAAGGAGGAAAGUGGUUGAACUGUGAAAAGAAAAUAAGCAAGUGCACAGACUAUAAGAUUAGUCAUUACAGCUUAUGUUCCUGUUAAUUCCUACUGAAAGCCCAAUUCACUGCAAGAAACUACCAACAAACUUAGGUUUUUUUGGGUGAAUUUUUGCCUGAGACUCGGCCUGCAGAAUGUACCAGGUCACUGUGUGCGUAUGACAUGCCUGCUACGCAGAGCAACCGGGCAUGACACUCAGGCAUGGAGCACAGCAGGGGCAGUAUCUGGGUGAGUAUGCAGAUGCAUGCAAAAAUCUCAUUUGGGUAUAAGAAACAUUCUCUCAGCCCAUGUAAAAUAAGACUUCUGUUCUACUGAAUAGUAUACAUGCCUUUACCUGCAUUUCCAUAGGAAAUAACGUAAUAGGCUGACCAGAAGACAACUGUCUGAGCAACCCACUGCCCUCAUUACAGAGAAACAGGGACAGAGCUAAACAUGUAAUAUACUUGUGCUUCAUGCCAUUACACAUAGCUUCAGAGGCUCUUUGCCCUUCAUGAUACAUCAGUUCCUUUGGGGGAUAAUUUAUGUCCCUUACUUGGUAACCUCAGGUGGUGUGGAUGGAGCACUGGGCCUGGCAUCAAGUGACUUAGUUUUCGCUUGACGAAAUCAUUCAUGUGCUCUAUGGGUCCAAUCCAGCUGGCAUCCAUAUCUGUCCCAGUUCCUCCAUUGGCAUAAUCACAAUAUAGACACUUGUUUGUUCCAUGAGACACUUUGUGAUGAGAAGGACUGUAGGAGAAGGAAAUGGCAGUUUCUAACAAUAUGCUGAAUUCUCAGGCAUGGCUGUCCUGCCAAAUGAAAUGUUCAGCACUUACAAAGGUCUGUGAAAAGUUAGAGCAUUUGGUAACCACUAAUGAAUAUACAUGCUAUAUUCUGGUGGAGUGGCUGAACAUUGCCCUCCCUGUGAAAAAAAUGCACUGGUAAACAGCCUUGCUUUCAGAUGCACUCACUGAUCGUCCCAUCAGCUUUUCAGUUCAGGUCCCCAAUCAGUCAGAAGGUGCUUUAACAGAACUGCCUGAGACUGUGCUGGCCUGAGUGCCUUGCUGAAUACAAAAGCUGGAGAAUUAGAAAUAAAGAUGUGAAUGUAUUUAA